GUUCCAGACUUUCCCCCCACCUCGAAUUUUUUCGCAAAGGGAACCGUCUCCGGAAGGUGCUCAGUCAAGAUGCCGAUCCCCGUGGAUUCCGCGAAAUCUAUCAACAAGAAGCGCAAGAGAAAGCACGGUGCGCGCGCUGCGACCGAGACCGAAGAUGCUUCUCCGAAGCCCGCAGUCGAGAAUGCCGCGACCGAAGUGACCGAGCCCUCCACGGAAAAGAAGAAGAAGACGAAGAACGUCGAGUCUGUCAAGGAGGCUGAGAAGGAAGAGAAGCCCAAGAAGCGGAAGGUUGACGACUCUGGCGAGGAGGAUGAGAACGACAGCGAGGAGGAAGUCCGCCAGGCUGAACCAGAUGAUGAGGAAGGAGAGGGUGAGGAAACUGGAAACGGUGCGGACCUUCCUUCGCUGGAUGCUGUCCGUCUGCCUCAGACGGAUGGCGAGCCGAAGAAGUUCACCGAAUUGAACCUCUCGGAGAAGACGAUGAAGGGUAUUCAAGAUAUGGGCUUCGAAACUAUGACUGAGAUUCAGCAACGUACCAUUCCUCCGCUGCUUGCUGGCCGUGAUGUUCUGGGUGCCGCAAAGACAGGUUCCGGAAAGACCCUGUCGUUCUUGAUCCCUGCCGUGGAGAUGUUGAGCGCAUUGCGCUUCAAGCCUCGCAAUGGUACUGGUGUUCUUGUGGUUUCUCCUACUAGAGAGUUGGCGUUGCAGAUCUUUGGUGUGGCUAGAGAGUUGAUGGCACACCACUCGCAAACAUAUGGUAUUGUUAUUGGAGGUGCGAACCGCCGUGCGGAGGCAGAGAAGCUCACCAAGGGUGUCAACCUGCUCAUUGCCACCCCCGGACGGUUGCUCGAUCACCUGCAGAACACCCCUGGCUUUGUGUUCAAGAACCUGAAGACACUCGUCAUUGAUGAGGCGGAUCGUAUUCUGGAAGUCGGUUUCGAGGACGAAAUGCGUCAGAUUGUCAAGAUUUUGCCUUCCGAGGAGAGACAGACCAUGCUGUUCUCUGCCACCCAGACCACGAAAGUCGAAGAUUUGGCACGGAUAUCCCUGCGCCCCGGCCCUCUGUACAUCAACGUCGACCACCGGAAGGAGCACAGCACAGUCGAGGGUCUGGAACAGGGCUAUGUCAUCUGUGAGGCUGACAAGCGUUUCCUGCUCCUCUUCUCCUUCCUUAAGCGCAACCUCAAGAAGAAGAUUAUUGUUUUCUUCUCCAGCUGUAACUGCGUGAAGUACCAUGCGGAGUUGCUCAACUAUAUUGACCUACCGGUGCUCGAGCUCCACGGAAAGCAGAAGCAGCAGAAGCGGACCAACACAUUCUUCGAGUUCUGCAACGCCAAGCAAGGAACUUUGAUCUGCACUGAUGUUGCUGCCAGAGGUUUGGAUAUUCCGGCUGUGGACUGGAUUAUCCAGUUCGAUCCUCCGGAUGACACCAGAGAUUACGUUCACCGUGUCGGUCGUACGGCCCGUGGUGUCAACGGAAAGGGACGCAGUUUGAUGUUCUUGCAGCCGUCCGAGGUUGGCUUCUUGAAGCAUCUGAAGGAGGCUCGUGUUCCAGUCGUGGAGUUCGAUUUCCCGGCCAACAAGAUCGUCAACGUUCAGUCUCAGCUUGAGAAGUUGAUUGGUCAGAACUACUACCUGAACAAGUCCGCCAAGGAAGGUUACCGCGCCUACCUCCAGGCCUAUGCCUCCCACUCCCUCCGGUCCGUGUUCGAUGUGCACAAGCUUGACCUGGUUAAGAUUGCCAAGGGAUUCGGGUUCUCGACGCCGCCGCGCAUUGAUAUCCAGCUGGGUGCCAGCAUGAGCCGGGACAAGAAGCAGCAGCAGCAAGGGCGACGGACCUACGGCAGCCAGCCUAAGGGACUGAAGUACAAGCGCAAGCAUGAUGAUGACUGAAUUAGCUAAAAGCAGGUGUGUCGUGAUUUGUUGAGACUUGGCAUUUAGUUUCGGAGUUUACCCUGUGGAUAUCUGGACUUGUCUACAUAUAGUUAUUUCAAUUGUUUUGGUAGAUAUCUUUAAAAGCAUUCUUUGAGC